AACUGUUGCAAAGUGAACCAAAUAAGUUAAGAGGCAAGGUCACAAUUCACUAUUCGGGUCUUAAAAAGCCGCUGCAGCGCUCCUGAGUGGUUGUUGAUGGCCAGUACCCUGACAGGAGGCUGAGACAUCCUGGAUGGUGUGAAGACAAACAUGAUGUGGUUUUCGGCGCUGAUCCUGCCCCUUGUGGCAGCCAGUGUGCAGAAUGACCCUGCUGCUCAGCAGAUCAUCAUGUUUAAGCAGAGAACGAAGGGGCCUAUUGGAGUUAUGACGACCAGCGCAGGCGCCCCGAUAGAAUAUACGGACGCAAGAGUGACCCUGAACAGACGGCUGAUUUUCAACGAAUACUUCAUGGAUUCGCUCACUCACCUGGUCAGAGAAAGGAUUCCCGAACGGUUGGUCCACGCAAAAGCUGGAGGCGCCUUCGGGUACUUCGAGGUCACUCACGACAUCACCCACAUCUGCAACGCUAAGAUGUUCAGUGGGAUUGGAAAGAAGACGCCAGUAGCGGCCAGGUUCUCCCCUGUAGUUGUCGAAAGAGGAGGCAUAGACACAUCCAGAGACGCAAGAGGCUUCGCAGUCAAGUUUUACACAGAAGACGGCAACUUUGACAUGGUAGGAUUCAGCACGCCGAUGUAUGUUUACAAAGAUCCCCUUCUGUUUACCGCCUUCGUUAGAGCCCAGAAGAGAAAUCCAGCUACAAACCUGAUCGAUGGAAACAUGCUUUGGGACUUCCUCACUCUAAAUCCUGAAGGUUUACACAUGUUUAUGUUGGUCUUCUCAGACAGAGGCGUUCCUGAUGGAUACCGACACAUGCCGGGCUUUGGCAUCCACACUUUUGAAGUAGUAAACGAUGUUAAAGAGAAAUACUUUAUCAGGUUCCACUUCACCCCCGAUGCCGGUGUCAAGAACCUGUUUACUGAAGAAGCCAGGAAGAUAUCUGCCGUUGACCCCGAUUAUGCGACCAGAGAUCUCUAUAGAGCUAUCGGUAGCGGGAAUUAUCCGAGCUGGUCGGUUGCAAUCCAGGUGUUGACAUUAGACGAUGUGAAAAACGCAGGAUUUGACGUCUUCGACGUGACCAAAGUUUUGCCUUUGGAUAGAUAUCCAUUGACGCCGGUCGGUCGCAUGGUGUUGAACAAGAAUCCUGUAAACUACCAUGCCGAGAUAGAGCAGCUAGCGUUUAAUCCGGCGAACCUUGUGCCCGGCAUAUUAGGAGGUCCGGACAAAGUGUUCGAAGCUCGUCGUUUGGCGUACAGAGACGCUCAGUACUACCGUUUGGGGGCUAACUUCAAUAAGAUACCUGUGAACUGUCCUAUACAAUCCGCUGUCCUGGCAUACAACCGCGAUGGUAGACCGCCAGUAAAAGACAACGACAGAGACAUUCCAAAUUAUUAUCCCAAUUCUUUCAAUGGGCCGGUGGAGUACAAGGACAAACACAGGGUAGAGUUGUUGGAGAUUUACCAAGACCCUCCGAAUAAUUUUGAGCAAGUGACGGAGUUGUACAUUAAUGAGUUUAGCAAGGAAGAGAGGAGUCGUUUGGUGGAGAAUAUACUGUAUAGUUUGGGUCCCGUAGCUAAGUUCCUUCAGGAACGAGCUGUGAAGCUGUUUACGCUGGUGCACCCAGAUCUAGGAUAUAGGAUAGAGCAAGGAUUAGCGUCAAACAGGACCAAGUAUUAUUAUGAACUUUAUUAAUGAACACAAA